UUGCUCUUAUUUUCAGUGAUGUGCUUUGUACGUCCGCUGGUACGGUUUUCCUCUUAUUGGUCGAGCCGUAUGCUGAUUUGAGAGACAGAGACGGUUAGUUUGCUCCCAAACCCCGUCAGUCUGUCAGUGGUCUGGAAAUGCCAAAGCGCCUCCUCGCUGCUCACGCGCUCACACACAAAGCAGAGGGUUCCGGUGGCGCGAGCUGGAACGAUCCACUGAUGCCGCUUCUUCGUUUAGGUGCUUAACUGCUCCUUAAAAACGACGAGGGAAUCUCUUGUCCUCCGACGUUGGUUUUUUUUUAGUUUUUUGUUUUUUGGUUCGCGGGUUUAGACACAGGAUUGUUUUGUGAUGGGUGGUGGAAACGAAUCACGGAUUUUUUCUCUUUUUAUGGAGACCAAAGUGAGCAGAUUUUCUACUGUUGAAAGCAAGUUUUAUCUUGAUAAGAAGCAAAUGGUGGAACAGAGGAUUCUUUAGGGGCAAAGGAUACUUACUCAAGAGAAUAACACUUUUCACACACAGUUUUCCCAACAGAAAGGGGGUUUUCUAGUCCGCAACAUUGGAUUUUACAUUUUGUUUGACUGACGCAGCAUCGUUUUGGAGUAUCUUAUUUGGAGAUUCCAGUGCUUGUAUUCUACAUUUCGAGGAAGAAACUAUAUAUUAAAUAGAAGAAACCCGGACGAGACGAUGUUAUGGAGAUGCCAAUGAAAUAAAACCUGUUUCUCCAGGUCAAAUGACCGCUUCCACUCGUUCUCCAAUCUGACCACCUUAUUUAUGACAUGGAAAAACGGGGACUCCACAGCGUCCUUUAUUAUUUCAUUCUGAAUGCGCCCCUGCUAUUCUGUGUAAAUGCCACAUUUACUGAAGUGCCCAAAGAUGUGAGUGUCGGUGAGGGCGAGGACAUAGAGAUGCCGUGCGCUUUUCGAGCCGUCGGAGUCUCGCCGUUCUCUCUGGAGAUUCAGUGGUGGUACCUCAAGGAAGCGGCCCCUAAAGAGCUCGCUCACGAACUGCAAAUUAGCGCUCCGGCCAACAGAGCCAAGGUUGCCCACCGGGACGCCACGAAAAUAAGCACGGUGAGGGUCCAGGGCAACGCUAUUUCCCACAAGCUCAGCCUAUCGGGUGUGCGGAAGGAGGACGAGGGAGUGUAUGAGUGUCGGGUUGUGGACUUGUACUCUGAUGAGACUCAGGAAUACAAGGUGCAGGCCACUCUGCGCGUGACGCCGCGCGAGGGAAUGCUGGCCGAGGAGGCCGUGUCUCACAUCCAGAACCGAUGGCCACUGAGAAACAGCAACACAGCGACGGGUGGACGGGCCACUUCUGAGCCGGGCCAGGGUCAGGGAAAACCCCGCAUGCCUCCGCCGGUUGGAAUAGGACCCGCUCCCCCUUCAACGACUACGACGGGCUCUGCAGACAAGUCGUCAGCUUCUCCUCGGCCGGGCAAUUCAUCUAUCCUGAGACAACAGCACGGAUCCGGUUCCGGAACCAUGGCAAUCACUGAGCCACUCCUUUACAUCACUCUGCUGAUCCUGCAUAAGCUCCUCCCCUUCCUGUUUGCCUACUAAGAGACCACAACCAAACAACUCGCAGUGAUUUCACUUUAUGUACCAAACGAACAAAGGGAAAAUAUAACUACGUAUAUAUAAAUAUAUAUAAAUAUAUCUACCAUUAUGGCACAUCACAGUGAGGGAUGGGAUAUGACUUUGGAAAAAAUAAAAAUAUCAGAAAAAUAAAAUGAAGGCCAUUUUGUUUUCUGGGACUUGUGUAGAAGAUCUCUCCAGAUUUGGAUGUAAAAUGGAUUCUAUAAGAAGCAUGAUGAAAAAAAAAAAAAAAAGAAUUAAAAAGGAGUCUAUGUGAAUUAGAGCUUCACAACUGUGUCAUACACACAAUGACAUCCAUAAACGCUGCAUUCAGUUUCCAAAUACUAGUGUUUGCCUUGCUAAAUGCAUGGCUCUCUUAAUUUAUUAUUAUUGUUUAUUAUUUUUAUUUUUAUUAUUAUUUCUGUUCUGUUUUUUUUUUUUUUUUUCACUACAGUUUUAAUUUUAACAUUGUUCUUAUUAAAGUACCCGAUACUGAAUCAUAAACAACUUUACAUAAACAACUGUUUUUUUAUUUGUUUUGUUUUGUUUGUUUUUUUGUUUUUUAAUCAUUUAAUCAACCUUUUUUUUUUUUUUUUUGCAUGAAUUGUUCAGCUGUCUCAUUUUUCAUUUCAUUAAUGUGAAAGAAGGCGCUCUCUCAUGUCAGUUCUUUCUAUAAGACUGUGUGUAAUACUGUGUAUUCAGUUCCCUCACAUCUGAUUCUGAGUUCUCAAGCAUUUUUGUCUCAUAAUGUAUAAUAAUGCAACCUUAUAUAUUUUGAUCAAAUAAGGCACAUGUUACCAUAGUUGUUGUUAGUCACCUCUAAUAAUGUUUAUUUUUAUUAAAAGUAUGGUGGUCAAGAUAAGACAUUCAUUUAUAAAAUUUAAAAGAAAAAAAAAAGACAUUGGUAUGUUGCCAACACAGUUGAAAUAAAAGUUGUUUCUUUAAAAAAAGAAACUAGUUAUUUCGGUUUUUACAUUUCAAAGGCACUUUAUUUUUUGUUUUAUUCAAGUGCACUAACACCAGGCAGCUGCAUGACGGCAGUGUCUCGGCUAAACACUCCAGCGUCCCACGGGUGUCAUGAACUGUAAUGUAUUCUUCACAAUAGGAUAGGCCCAAUUCCAGCUGAAAAACACAUUACUCUCACUAGCAUCACCAACUGAGCACAGCUGGCGUACAACUCAUGGUUCAUUUCAUUAGUCAAAUGCACGUCACCCUGUCAAAUAACUCUUAACUCUCUGCUGCGGUCUUCACUGAACCCUGCUCCACUCUCUUCCGCUCUACCUAAACACAUCUCCUGAUGAAUGGCAGAGGCAUUGUUCCUUUCUAAAACACUGCAUUCUAUUGUCUUAAUGGAAGCCUGCGAGGCAUCACAUAACAAACAAGCCUCUCACUGACUCAGACAUUCAUAGUGUUUAUCGCCUGCAAGUAACUGACUUUCACUCACUUUGAAUUUAACAUGCACAAUGAAAAGUCAUCUUCCUUUCAAUGGAAUAAAUAACCGUUUAUACAAACAUAAAUGGAUCCGACAGGUAAAAAUGAGCAUCCAGUGAGCGAGUCGCCACAAUAUUAGCAUUUUUCUUUUUUAAAACUAAAUGAGCCAGGUGGCUUUUAUUCUUCAUGGUGAAGGUCUCUCCUCCAAUCAAAUUAAUGAGUGUUUGACAUGGCCAUUUGUAUGUGUUACACAACACCCGACGAGGCCCUGAGUGCUUUCCCCACCGCUGUAAAUCAUCCCUCAUUCAAGUAAACUAACACAGCUCUCUCUUAUUUCUUGUCCUCAUUCCUUCCAAAAUCCACUUCUGAAGAAAAUAUCAGAGAUGGGCUGCAAGAUCCCGCUGCGGAUGCUAGAUUUGAUGCAAGUGCACUCUCUCAUGUUAGACACAACAACUGACAAUAACAAAGUACAUAGUGAUUAUAAUUGCUUUUUCAUUGAUUGAUUUAUUUGCACUUUUUAUGGCCAUCAAUGAAACAAUCAAAAUGACAAAGCAAAGGGAUGCUUGUAUAUUUACUUGCUCCUUUAUAGCUCAGGGGAACUUUGUAUUACAUAAUACAAGUGUAGAGCUAUACACUGAACAUCCACAACAUUAAAACCACCUGCCUAAUAUUGUGUAGGCCCCCCUCAUGCUGCCAAGAUAGCUUUGAUAUAUUGAGGUAUGGACUCUGCAAGACCUCUGAACCUGUCCUAUGGUGUCUGGCACCAAUACAUUAGUGUUGUGAGAUUGGACCUCCAUGGAUCGUAUUUAUCGGUCCAGCACAUCCCAUAAUCAGAUUGAGAUCUGGGGAAUUUGGAGGCCAAAGCAAUGCCAUAAACUCUUGUUCCUGCACUAUUUUUGCAGUGUGGCAUGGAGCAUUAUUCGUCUGAAAGAGGCCACUGCCAUCAGGGAACACUAUUGCCAUGAAGGGGUGUAUGAGGUCUGCAACAAUUUUUAGGUGGUAGGUGGUAUGUGUCAAAGUAAUAUCUACAUGAAUGCCAGGUCCCAAGGUUUCACAGCAGAACAAUGCCAAGAGCAUAACACUGUCUCCACUGGCCUAUAUUAUUCCCAUAGUGCAUCCUGCUGCCAUGUUUUUUCAUCAGAACAGGCAACCUUCUUCUACUGUUUCAUAGUCCAGUUUUGACACUCAUGUGCCCACUGUAGGUAAUUUAAGCAGUAGACAAGGGUCAUCAUGGGCACUCUGACCAGUCUGCAGCUGUGCAGCCUUAUGCUCAGUAAAUCUCAGUGCACCGUGUGUUCUGACAGCUUUCUGUCACGGCCAGCAUUAUGUAUUUCAUCAGUUUGAGCUGGAGCUCUUCUGGGUGAUCGUUAAAUGCUGGUAUCCCUGGGAUUAUGUGCAUUGUAGAUCAAAAAGAAACAUUAUGGUACAUUACAAAGAAGAUUGUCCAUACAUAGAUGAUAUAUCCAUCACUAAAGCAUGUUUAAUCCGAGAGACAAAAGGUCAAAUUACACUUGUGGUAAUAAAAAAAAGUGUGUGUGUAUGGGGGGGUUAGAGGCGUUAAUACUGUAGGUCCAGUACUUAACUGUGGUGAGUUUGCUUAUGUAAGGUGAUAUAAAAUGUUAUCUAGAUACACGAUGCACACAAUAUUUAAGCAUCAUAUAUAAAAAAAACAAAAAAACAUGUAGGUUCUACUUGGUGAAUCACAGUGAUGGCUUUUGAUGGCUUUGCUGAGCUGUUUGCAUGCAGUGAAAAGUGAUCAAACAAUAUGCAUAAGAUUCUUGCUUUUAUAAGAACUUUAUGUGUGGUUGAUGGACAGAUGGUGAGAUGAUAAUCUUGGCGAUGGACUAGCCAAGGCAGAAAUGUUUGUUUCCACACAAGAAACGCUAAGACUUACAGUAGAUAAAGACUUCAGAGCAAGGUUUACAAUGCGUUCAGUUCAUAAGCCAUGUCUUAAUCAUUAAUCAUUUGCACAGGACAUUAGCCACCCCCUCCUAAGGACACAAAGGAAAGUGUCUGGACUGGAACAGGACACUGGGAUCAUGACUGUUUCAUUUGUUUGUUUGUUUUUCACAGGAGACAGUCAGCACACAUUGAGAUGAUGCAUUAUGUGCCAGUGACUUUUGCCCUCAGACUCUCACUUACACUGAGGAUGAUAAAUCCCUGAUGCGAUCUGUCCCAGUCUAAUAAAGCACAACACAGAGAUAACCAAACAACAUGCAGAGAGGUAUUACCAAUGAAGUAAGAAUAAGUGUAAUGUCAAACAUGGUCUGUUGCACUGUCAGUUGGAGUGACAGUAUCAGACCCCAUCACUAGACACACAAGACCACUGGCCUCAACCACAGCAAUUCAAGACUAAAACAUUUCUGAGGACUCUUUUUACCUACCUCUACAUACGUUUUUGCGGAAAAAAACUUAACUAUACAUACAAUUUAUUGCAGUUCCCAUACAGGUAAAAUAAACACUAGUGGCCAUAAAACAACAACAACUUUUAAUCCUUUUCACACAAAUUAUGAUAACAGGGACAGAUCAUUGGUCAUUAAAGACUGUUGUGAUUCUUUGCACAAUAUGACCUUAAAACACUUUUAGCAUAGUACAUGAUUUGUAGACUAAUACAUUUUGACUUUUGCAUCACAUAACCAGCUCCAUAUGUUUGGCUUUUUUUGAUGCAGAAAACUUGCUCAGUAGCCCACCUGGUACAGCAUUGCACUCGUAAUGCAGAGUGCUUGUAGAAGCAAGCUAAAAUAGAACAUGCUUCAAUAAAUGUGUUUUCAUCUCACAUUUGCUUUUGUUAACACUAUCAAUUAGGUUCAGGGUAGAGUUGUGUAGUGUUAAGUGGUACGUUAUAUUCAUCGUUAAAUUCAACUAACCAGACAUUUCAUUUCCAAACUGCCAAGAUAUGUACAACAACCAAGACAAUAAAACAUGACCAGAUUCACGUUCAAUUUGGGAUUAAACUAAGCACGCUUGUGCCACUCAUUGGGCAUUUCACUAUGUAAAUAUUAUGAAAUGUGCAAGAAUCAACAUAAUAUUAAAUGCUGCCAAAGGCACACAUGUCAUUGGCCUCCGCAUGUGCAAAAUCUGAAUAUGCAUAAACUAAUAAAUUAACAGUUUAAAGUGACCAGGUCAUGGUUAAUUCACAGUGUAGGACUGGAUGGGAUCUCAAAAUUAUAAAAGUGUCUGCACCACUGGUAUCUACAUUGCAGUUGUAAUGCACAAACCUUGUGGGAUGAUGUAUUUCAGUUUACCAUCAGAUAAUACCAAGAAAACGUGUGUUUUAGUAGAAUAAGAUUCUGAAAUGCAGCACUGUCAGCUGGUUUAUAAACAACAAAACAUCAUUCAUCUUCAUGUAACCAGUCAUCAGUCAUGCUGAAAGUGUAAAGAGAUCAGAGUAUUUGCUUUAAUAUGUGUGAUUCAAAGUGAGAAUUGAUAUUGUUAGAAGUGCAAAUCUCGAAUAAUGAUCUAAAUAAAAAUAAAAACUUUUAAAAGCUGAUAUCUAAUAACUGCAGUGUGUGUUUGUGUGUGCCCAAAAAAGGC